CUUGCCGUCUGACUGUCAUUUCCUGUGCGCGAAACGAAAGCGAACACAUGAAAUUUUCGAACGGUAUCAUGUAUUUUUAGUCGCAGCGAGGCAUAACUUGAGAGGUUGUGAUAUUUGAACUGGUAUAUCUGAAGUCUUUGCCACAGAACACAAAAUGUUUGGUGGUAAUCAGAAUAAAACAGGUGGGUUCACCUUUGGGGCUACUACUGAAGGAGGACCAUCUGGUGGGUUUUCCUUUGGCACCCCAACAACAACAUCCUCUGCAGCCCCAGUAGGUGGUUUCACCUUUGGUGCCCCAACAAGCACUCCAGUUGCAGGGACGACUACAGCACCGGGUGGCUUCUCUUUUGGGGCUGCUCAGACUACAGCAGCAGCAGGAACAACACCUGCAGCUCCGGCUCCUGCUGGAGGGUUCAAUUUUGGAGCAACAGCACCAACAGCACAAACUGCAGCAGCUCCCCCACAGACUGGAGGAUUUGGUGUAGGAACACCUGCUAGUACAACACAAUCUGCUAGUACUGCUGGAGGUUUUAGUUUUGGAGGUGCAACUGCAACACCAGGUGCAACAGCAGCGCCAACGACAGGGGGAUUUAAUUUGGGACAAACAGCCACCACAGCAACUUCUGGUUUCAGCUUCGGGAAACCCACAGCAGGAUGUCAACCAACAAAUUCGAUGAUGUAUUCGCGGUUUGCUCCACAUGAGUCUCGAGACUCCCCAGGCGAUCGUAGAAGUCCUGGAUGUCAAUUUCCCAAUACUGGUAUAUCUGAAGUCUUUGCCACAGAACACAAAAUGUUUGGUGGUAAUCAGAAUAAAACAGGUGGGUUCACCUUUGGGGCUACUACUGAAGGAGGACCAUCUGGUGGGUUUUCCUUUGGCACCCCAACAACAACAUCCUCUGCAGCCCCAGUAGGUGGUUUCACCUUUGGUGCCCCAACAAGCACUCCAGUUGCAGGGGGUGCGUUUGGAACUCCCGCAACUUCUGCUGCAACAGGGGCAGGAUUUUCAUUUGGUGGAACCCCAACACAAGCACCUGCCGCUGCUAAUCCUGCUGGUGGAUUUGCUUUUGGUGGCACUGGUGGACAGACGACUACAGCACCGGGUGGCUUCUCUUUUGGGGCUGCUCAGACUACAGCAGCAGCAGGAACAACACCUGCAGCUCCGGCUCCUGCUGGAGGGUUCAAUUUUGGAGCAACAGCACCAACAGCACAAACUGCAGCAGCUCCCCAACAGACUGGAGGAUUCGGUGUAGGAACACCUGCUAGUACAACACAAUCUGCUAGUACUGCUGGAGGUUUUAGUUUUGGAGGUGCAACUGCAACACCAGGUGCAACAACAGCGCCAACGACAGGGGGAUUUAAUUUGGGACAAACAGCCACCACAGCAACAUCUGGUUUCAGCUUCGGGAAACCCACAGCAGUUGCAACUGGCAUCCCAGCAGUAGGGACAACACCUGCUGCCACUGCAGCGGCAACUACAGCAGCUGCAACUGGGUUCGGUCUUGGAACAGGAGGGUUCACAUUCGGUUCAACCGGUCCUUCAACAGCAGCAACUACAGCCCAGGCACCCAAGCCUACAGCUGUUGUAGGGAGUAUUGGUACUGGGGCACUGGGUGCCGGACUUGGUGGAAGCUUCAACCUGACAGGAACUACGACAACAACUGCAGCAGCCAAACCGGCAACUACUGCUACUACAGCCCCAGGUGGUUUCAAUCUUAGUGGAGUUGGUCUAAAGCUGGGAACAGCAGCAGCAGCAACAACAGCUGCUUCAACUGGAUUCAGCUUAGCAACACCUGCAACAGGGACUACUACAGGACUCACUCCUGGAGGACUCACUCCUGGAGGACUCACUACUGGAAUACAGGCAACUUCAACAACAGCCAGCACUGGUUUAAACCUGGCUCUGAAACUUGGGACGUCUACUGCAGCAACAACAGCACCAACAGGUUUUGGCCUUGGUUCCUUCGGCACAGCAUCCACUACAGGACAGCCAGCUGCAAGUACCAUCACGACAACAGCACUGAGUGCAGGGAAGCAGAUGACAUACAGGCAGCUGGAAGAUAACAUCAACAAGUGGACAGCAGAACUGGAGGACCAGGAGAAGAUCUUCCUCCAGCAGGCCACACAGGUCAACGCCUGGGACCGACUUGUGAUGGAGAACGGAGAGAAGAUUGUUUCACUGAACAAGGAGGUCGAGAGAGUGAAGACUGACCAGCAGAAGUUGGACCAUGAGCUGGACUUCAUCCACGCCCAGCAGCGAGAGUUGGAGGAACUCCUGGAUCCCCUGGAGAAGACCCUGGACCUCCUUCCACCCAUCAGCUACCAGCAGCAUGCAGACCUGGAGCGCGAACACACGUAUCAGCUGGCAGAAAGUCUGGAUGCCCAGUUGAAGAGGAUGGGGCAGGACCUCACGGAGAUCAUUGAUCGUCUCAACUCCUCCAACUCAAAGACCGACGCCCAAGACCCGACGCAGCAGAUCACCAAGAUCCUGAACGCCCACAUGGAUUCGCUACUGUGGAUAGACAGAAACACAGUGACUUUGAGUCGUCGAGUGGAGGACAUUGGUAAGCAGAUGGACUUACAACGUAAAGAGCAGGAGAGGAACUUCCGUCUGGCCUACAGUUGAUAAAGAUGGCUGUUGCUGGUUGUGUUGGAUGUGUCAAGGAUUCUGGGACACUUGUCAGACGUGCGAGGUUGAUGCCACAUGUCAGACAUGCGAGGUUGAUGCCACAUGUCAGACGUGCGAGGUCGAUGCCACAUGUCAGACGCAAGUGACAGCACUACUUGUUGUUUAUAUAGAAGUGACAGAUUUUCAGACAUCCGUGGGAUCAACAUUUUCUGGAUCAUGCCAUUGUUGCCGAAACUGGCUCCAGACAAGAGCAGAUGCUUGUGACUCAGUUAUGUUUUCUAUUGACCGUAACAUACACUUUCAUUUUCAUAAGUUCAGGAUGUGUUAAAACGAUAGAGCUCAAAAUUUUGAUACUUUGUGAAAAACGUAUGUGUCUGUAAACAUGAUGAAUGUCCUUGUGUGUAAAUGGCACAUCCUGUCAUCCACAGGGAUUAGAAUGAAGUUUUGAGAAAAGCCGAACUAGCCGAAGCUCCUGAUAUUUAGGCAUUUUAGACCUUUAAAACUGGCUCAGAAAUGACAAUAUCAUGAAAACA